AUGGCUUAAUAAUAUUCAUAUAAUUCUUAUCCAGCAGAUUACUAUGAGUAAAAUGCUUAGUACUAUCAGAAUUAAGCUAAUUAUGAUGUGGAUUAAACCGCGGAUCAAAUGGAAAAAGAAAUCAGGGAAAAGAAAAUAUAACUGUAAAGCUAUUAUUCAGAGAUUGCAUAAAAUGAUCCAUUUGCUCCUCAAGGCUCAGAUGACUAUUAUGUUUAACAGGCGAAAUAUGAGGACGAAGAAAAAAAAAGAAAUGGAGGAUCCUCCGGUAAUAAUCCUAGGUAUAACCAAAAAUCAAUCUAAAAAGAGAAAAUGCAAUAAUAAAUGGAUAAUAUUAAAGAGUCAUAAAUGACUGAGCAUUAAAAAUAUAAUAAACUAGUAGAGAAUGUUCUUACUUCAAAAGAUUAUGAAUAAGAAAUGAAAAUCAAAGAAAUAGAAUAGAAAGUCCUUUAAGAACUACCACAAUGCAAAAUUCAUCCAACCAAUAUUUUUUAGAAUAAAAACUGUAGAUCAUGCAAAAAAAUAAGAGAGGAUUAUGAGUAGAGGAAAAACUAAAAGCUUGAGCAACUAUUAAGCGAAAAUAAAGCUGAUAAUAUUGCAAUUUAAGCAUAAUAGUUAUCAGUGCAUCAAUUGAUCUAGCAAAACGGACCAUUUCCAAUUAAUUGUGAUUAUAAGAAUGGAAAUCUCCCUGAUAUGUUAAGAAAUAACAUACUUUCUUGUUAGUAUUUCAAGGAUUUAUAUGCUUUAAAGAGCUUUUAAGAAGUUAUUGAAGAAAUAAAAACUAAUGUCACUUAUACAGAUGCUUGGGUUAUUGGAGCAAAUAGUAUACCAUCUUCUUUAUUUUGUUGCUUAUACAAAUUAAUGUUAAUGAGACUAAAUGAAAAAUAAGUUGGUAACUUAAUAAAAUACAAGCAUAGUCAAUAUGUUAGAGCCUGUGGUGCUCUCUAUAUUAGAUUCCUUAGUCCGCAUGAUUAGCUUUGGGAUAGAUUAAGUCCCUACAUGCUUGAUGAACAGGAAUUUUGCUAUUCUAUCGAUAAGUCUAAGAUUAAUUUCGGGGAAUAUGUUGAAAAAUUAUUAGAAAUACAGAAAAAAUUACUUUCAAUUCCUGAAAAAAGAAAGAGGAAACUUGAUAAUAUUAGUUAAUCAGCAUAAUUUCACAAGGGAUCAAUAAUAUUUGCUUUCAGUAAAAGAGAUCAGUAAUGGCACAGAGCUAAAAUUACUGGUAUUCAUUAUUUGAGCUCCUUGCCUAUCAUAAAAGUUGAAAAUUAUGGAAUAGAUGAGGAAUUUUUCCAAGAAAAUGAAGAAUUUGAUAAUGAAUAUGAUGAAGAUGAUGAAGAUGUGAGAAUAAUUAGAAAGCUUUAAGUGAAUUUUAUAGAGGGUCCUUUUACCAAGGAUGAGGAAGCAUAAGAAUUUUUAGGGCUAGAGGAUGUUUUGCUUAUCAAUAAAAAGGAUGAGCAACAAAAGCAUAGAAAGAGAUCAAAUUCAAAUGAUAGCUGGGAUGAGCCUGAUUAAUAAGAGGAAGUGAGAGGGUCUAAUCAAUAAAGGAAAAGAUCUAGAUCAAGAGAUAGAGAAUUCAAAAUUCCAAGAGAAAGAGAUAACUAAGAUGAUAGACUUCUGUAAGAAGUAAUCUAGAAAGAGAGAGAUUAAGCAGCAGCUUCUAAGAAGGAAGACUAUGCAAAGAGACCAGCAAGCUAUAAAAGUGCACUAAGUCUUGCAUUACCAGUUGGAACAACAAGAAAGAAGGACAAUCCUAGAAACGGGUCCCCCGAGAGAUAGCAUAUUCAUGUUCAGAAUCCAGCUGUUUACAUCGAUCAGAGCAAAGGUGAUGAGAACAAACAAGUAAACAAAGAGGAAUUACUAGAGAAGAUGAAUAAACUUAAGGAGAAAUAUGGAGAUGGAUCAGCGAUGAUGAAUUUAACUCAUGUGUUUGACUGCUUUGAAUAUUUUAUUAAGAUUUACAAAAAUAGAACCACAUUAAACGAGGAAGAAUUUGAUGAUGUCUUCUCCCCAUUGCUUAAUGACACAUAAGCUUAUUUUAUUAAAUUACAAGUUAGAAGAGAAUUCGACAGAAAAAUAAGAGGAAUCUAUCUCGCCUUUGAUUAAGAUGAUAAUGGCUCGAUUGAUAGAAAAGAACUUUUAAAUUUCUUAUAUAAUGGGAUAUUCGGACUCUGUAAAUUAUUAAGUAUUCCAAUACCUAGAAGGGAUGAUGUCCAGCAAUUCGCUUAUGUGAUCUUUAAAUAGAUUGAUCUCAAUAAAAAUGAAAAGUAAAAUACAUUCGCAAGAAAUGAUAUAAUGAUUAUUUAUAGCAUUGAAUAUGUUGAGUUUGCUACAUGGAUUAAGGAGUCAGAUGAUAUAUAAGAUUUCUUAUUGAAAUAUACAGGAUAGUAAACUUUUGAGAGAGCAAGAAAGAGAUAUCGAAACUUAUUGGCCGAUUAUAAAUAGUCAUUUGAUAGAAUCGCUAUUGAUUUUAUGGGAGAAAAAUCACACAUUGUUGAGAGACUUUUUAUGAUAUUGGAUUAUGAGAACAAAGGAGCAGUUAGCGAGUUUGAAUUCUAUACUGUAAUGAAACCGUGGGCAAGUUUUUCUGCCACUGACAUUAACAAUGACAAUGAGCUUGACAGUAUGGAGCUUAAAACCUUAAUAUGGUUGAUUGAUGAAGAAGAACCACUAGAAAGUAGAGUAUAAAGAGAUUUAAAAUUGAUGGAUAGAGAUGGUUCAGGUACAAUUGAUAGGCUUGAGUGGAUUCAAUUUCUAGCCUCGCCUGAUCCAACUACUGGAAUAGAGAUAUUUGACUUUAGCCUUAAAAAAGCAUUUGACACUCAUGAUCAUGAUAAAAGUGGAUCAAUCGAUUAGCAGGAAUUAUGUGAUUUAUUGAUGGAAAAUUUUGAGGAUCUUAUCAAGGGUAAGAGUGAUGAAAACAGAUUGAUUAUCUAAAAACUUAUUCAAUCGUUGGCAAGAGAAUUAAUGACUGCUCUAGAUACAAGAAAAGAAGGAUCUCUAGAUUGGUCGUAAUUCAAAAACUAUGGGGUAGUAGCAAGAGAAAAGGAAGAAAAAAUAAAGGAUUUUAUUAGGAAGCACACUUGA